AUGCUUUUAGACCUUUCUCUGGGAGGAGGCAGUUUCGUGCUUUCCUCCCAUCCCUCGUCAUUUUCCCCUAAGCUUUCCCUAAGAUUCCCUGACUCCUCGGAGCGCGUUGUCGCCGGACGACAAGCAUCCGAACGGCUGCCCCUCCGCAACAGAGCCAACAGAUCCGCGCGCGCGCAAGCACUUCCCGCAACUUUCCCCGCGUCGUCAUCGCAAGUUCCCGGCAGAGCGCUACCAACCCACGCCGCGCCCGCCUCUGGCGCUUCCUGGAUUCGUGACGCCUCAAGCGUCGCCGCGAGUCGUUCCGCCCGAUCAAUUCCGGACGGGUCGUAUGCGUCCCGCGCGGGGCCCGAUUUCCGAACGAGCGUGUUUCGCGGAGAAGGCGGCAGCAGCAGCAGCGGCGGGAGGUUCAACUCUCGUGACGAUGAUCUUGUGGAGCUACCGCUUUUCCCGUUGCCGCUGGUGCUCUUUCCCGGAACCGCGCUCCCGCUCCAAAUCUUCGAGUUCCGCUAUCGCAUCAUGAUGCAAACGCUGUUGCAAACCGACAUGCGCUUCGGUAUUAUCUACACCGGUAAAGACGCUGCCACGGCCGCCGCCGUCGGUUGCGUUGGUCAGGUGAUCCGGCACGAAAGAUUUCCCGACAACCGCUACUUUCUAAUCUGUCGCGGUGAAGAGCGGUUUCGCGUGGUGGAUAUCGUCCGCAGCCGGCCGUACCUGGUUGGCCGCGUGCGGUGGCUGGAGGACAAGCCGUCAGAACAGCCGGUCGACAUCGACUCGCUCGCGAACGAGGUCGCGAGCAUCAUGCAUGACGUCAUCCGGAUGUCGAAUAAGAUGCGCGGAAGCGACGAGGAAGUUCCGGAUCUGCGGAAAUCGUCCUUCCCCACGCCUUUCUCCUUCUGGGUCGCGUCAACGUUUGAAGGCGCGCCGGCGGAGCAGCAAGCGCUGCUGGAAUUAGAAGACACGGCGGAGCGGCUCCAGCGCGAGAAGGAGACGCUAAGAAGCACGCUUAAUUAUCUCACCGCCGCGUCGGCUGUUAAGGACGUGUUCUCGUCGCAGUCCGAUAAGUUCGGGUCCAAACCUCCUUUUCCUUCACAUCACUCCUCCUCAAAUUUCCCUCCCCUCCAUGACUCCCUUCCCCCUCCUCAUCCCUCAUCCGCGCUCUCCCCUCACACACACACCCCUUAA